AUGGAAAGAGAGAACAACUCACAUACAGCACAGUUCCUUCUGCUGGGCCUCUCAGAUGAUCCGGCCCUGCAACCCGCCCUCUUCUCGCUCUUCUUGUCCGUGUGCCUGCUCACAGUGAUUGGGAACCUGCUCAUCAUUCUGGCCGUCAGCUCUGACUCCCACCUCCACACGCCCAUGUACUUCUUCCUCUCCAACCUGUCCUUUGUGGACAUCUGUUUAACCUCCACCAUCAUCCCAAAGAUGCUGCUGAACAUCCAGGCACAGAACAAAGGUAUCUCCUACACUGAAUGUCUCACUCAGGUAUAUUUUUUUAUGAUUUUUGAUGGAAUGGAUAAUUUCCUCCUGACAGUGAUGGCCUAUGACCGCUUUGUGGCCAUCUGCCACCCCCUGAAAUACAUAAUUAUCAUGAAUUCCCAGCUCUGUGUCCUCCUCAUCCUGGUGUCUUGGUUCAUCAUUUUCUGGGUUGCCUUGAUGCACCUUCUAUUGAUUUUGCAUCUAACCUUCACCAGAGGCACAGAAAUCCUACAUUUCUUCUGUGAUCUGCCUGCUCUGCUCCAAGUGGCCAGCUCUGACACCCACAUCAAUGAUGCUGUCUUGUAUGUAGCAACUGUCCUGCUGGGUGUGUUUCCUGCCACCGGGAUCCUCUUCUCUUACUCUCGGAUUGUUUCCUCUUUAAUGAGGAUGUCUUCUUCUGAAAGCAAGUCUAAGGCAUUUUCCACCUGCGGGUCUCACCUGUGUAUGGUGUCUUUGUACUAUGGGACAGGCCUUGCAGAAUACCUUAGCUUCACAUUCACUCCUUCUUCCCAGGCAAGCAUGACUGCCUCAGUGAUGUACACUGUGGUGACCCCCAUGCUGAACCCCUUCAUCUACAGCCUGAGGAACAAGGAUGUGAAGAGGGCCCUGGGCAGAUUACUCAGCAGGACAAUCUGUUUUCCUGGAUGGACCACUGACCUUAAAACUUAA